AUGUCCGCCCAGAACUCCGCGGGUAUCCAGACCCUUCUCGAGGCCGAGAAAGAUGCCUCCAAGAUCGUCCAGAGGUCCCGAGAGUACAGGACAAAGCGUGUCAAGGAGGCUCGUGAUGAGGCCAAGAAGGAGAUAGACCAGUACCGGGCGUCCAAGGAGGAGGAGUACAAGAAGUUCGAGGCCGAGAAGGCCGAGGAGGAGGCCAACAAGGAGGCCGAGGCCAAGAUCAAGGAGAUCCAGGCGGCUGGCAAGAAGAGCCAGGACAAGGUGGUCAAGGACCUGCUGAGCGCCGUGUUUGACGUUAAGCCCGUACCGCCUACCCAGGGAUAA